AAUUUAUUUUGUUCUGUGAAGCAUGAAAGAAAUUCUUGAAAGGCAUAAUUUGCUCUCGAAGAAUCUGCAGAAAUUGGAGCAGCCUUCACUUGAGCUGCAGCUGGUAGAGAACAGCGAUUACGCUAGAUUAACCAAGGAAAUUUCUCAGAAAAGCCAUCAACUGAGGCAAAUGAGGGGAGAAGAGCUUCAAGGAUUAAGUGUUGAGGAGUUGCAACAAUUGGAGAAAUCUCUUGAAGCUGGAUUGAGCCGCGUCAUUGAGAAGAAGGGUGACAAAAUAAUGAAAGAGAUCCAUCAGCUUCAAGAAAAGGGCAUACAACUAAUGGAAGAGAAUGAAAGAAUGAAACAGCAGGUAAUGGAGAUAUCGAACAACAGCAGCAAACAUCCAGCAAUUGUAGUAGCAGUUGAAUCAGAAAACAUAUACAACGAGGAACGUCAAUCCUCUGAGUCUGUCAGUAAUGCAUUUAACUCUACUAGUCCCCCNAUCAUUUUAACUGAGUUUCCUAUUAAUGCUGCCUUACCCAGGCUGAAGGGGAAGGCAAAGUUAGCUAACAGUCAAAAGCAAGAUCACCAUCUUCUAUGUGCAAUGUUGCUGACCAAAAUAAGUACUAACUACUGA